AUGAAUGCUAUCGAAAUUCAAUUUCAAUUUGGACGUGAAUUUCGCACAGCAAAAUUAGAAUCCGAAAAUUAUUUGACAUUUGAAUUCCUACUUCGUCUAAUUCAACAAACAUUUUCAACCUGUAAACAUCCUUUUACGUCAUUCAUCUAUGUCGAUGACGAUGGCGAUCGCGUUACAGUUUCGAGUGAACUUGAAAUGGGCCCAUUACGAGAAUUUUAUUUUCGUAUGUGUCAAGAACAAUUAUCUUCGAAGCCUAUUCUCAAACUUCAACCUAUCGUCAACCGCAAUCAUGCUAAUUUAACAAUCGAUACCAUUUCAUCAUCUCCUGAUGAUCAAAAUAAUCAAGAAAGAAAGAAAUAUGCCUAUAUGGAAGCUAACGUUGAACACAUUCUUUCAUCAGGAAAGAUGUUAUCUCUUGACAUGCUGGAAAUUAUCGGUACAGGAAACAGUG